AUGGGCGCCGAAGAGAGGAUACGACCCCCAUCGCCGGGAACAUCAAACCGGGUGACGCCCGAGAACAGCUUGGACAACCUGAAAAGUAUAGAAGCGAAGCUCCCGGUCGCGGACUCGCUCUUCGGGGGCCCCGCCGAGCAGCUCGCGCCGGAGUGCGACGAGGGCAACAUCGAAUACAAACUGAAGCUCGUGGACGUGGACGACGACCGCUUCGAUCGGUUGGUGACGCAACUGCGAUACCGGCUCACGGAGGGCCUCGGCGAGGCUUUGUAUGAACUAGGUGUAGGGGACGACGGCAAGCCCCACGGCCUAGAUGAGAAUGAUUUAAAUGAGUCGCUGUCGACUCUAAGGAGGAUGGCCGCGGCCGUCGGCGCCGAGGUCACGGUCCUACAUUGUCGGGAAGGGCGGAGCGUCGGGCACGUCAUCGAGGCCAUCGUAAGGGAGCGGCCUUUAGACGGCGGUGCCGGCCUCAUCGAACUGCGAGUAGCCGUGGUCGGGAACGUUGACUCGGGGAAGUCGACGCUCGUCGGCGCGUUGUCGGAGUCCGGCGGUGCCUUCCGCGUGGCGCCGUCGCCACGCCGUCGCGCAGACGAGAGAGACAACGUCGCGUCGAUGGCGUACCGUCGCCCUCGACGCUGUCGAGCAGCCGAGAGAAACAACGUCGCGUACCGUCGCCCUCCACGCCGUCGCGCAGCCGAGAGAAACAACGUCGCGACGCGCAGGCGUCUUAACAAGGGGCCAGCUCGACAACGGCCGCGGAUUGGCGCGGGGCCACUGCUUCCGCCACAAGCACGAGGUCGACAACGGCCGGACGUCUUCUGUGUCGCAACUGACCCUAGGUUUUGGCACCAAUGGUAGUGUAACGAACUACUCGAGCGUAAGGCCGCACACGCAGGAGGAGGUCCUCAAAGAAAGCUCGAAACUCGUCACGUUCGUCGAUCUGUGCGGCCACGAGCGCUACCUCAAGACGACGGUCUUCGGGCUGACCGGCGCCGUGCCCGACUUCGGCGCCGUCGUCCUGGGCGCGAACGCGGGCGUGCAGAAGAUGACGCGGGAGCACAUCGGACUCCUACUCGCUCUACGCCUACCGUUCUUCGCGGUCAUCACAAAAAUCGAUCUCGCGCCAGCCAACGUCCUCCAGGAGACGGUCGACGGUCUUUGUAAAUUGCUCAAAGGCCGGAACGUGCGCAAGAUGCCUUAUUUAGUGAAGGAUGCGGGCGGGUGCCUCUCUUGUGCUCGCCAACUCGCCGAAGGCGCUCGACUCGUACCCGUAUUUCAAGUAUCAAAUGUAAAUGGAGAGAAUUUGGAUCUUUUGAGGCUAUUCUUAAAUGCCUUGCCAGCGAGAAGGGACUGGGUCGACAAGCGCAACGAUCGUGUAGAGUUCUGUAUUGACGACGCGUUUAAUGUUCCGGGCGUUGGGGUAGUGGUGGCUGGUACCGUACUGAAGGGCUCCGUACGUCUAACGCAUGGCCAAGGGCCCGUCUUGUUGCUAGGACCGGACACGACGGGACAGUUCAAGAGGGUACAAGUGAAGGGUAUUCACACGAAAGCGGUUGCCGUCGAUGAAGUGCGAGCGGGACAAUCGGCUUCUUUUGCGGUGAAAGUGGUAGACGGCAACAAGACGGAUAGGCAACUGAAACGAGCUCAUGUGAGGAAGGGCAUGGUGUUGUUGGAUCCUGAAUUGAAACCAAGGGCAACACGCGCCUUCGCCGCGGAGGUCUUUGUCUUGCACCACCCAACAACAAUCAAACGAGGCUACCAGCCCGUCGUCCACGCUCGCACGGUACGGCAAGUCGCCGCCGUCCAGGACAUGAACGUCGAGUUAUUACGUUCAGGAACGAGGGCACGAGUACGGUUCCGGUUCCAGCACUAUCCUGAAUACUUGUCGCCAGGGACACCUAUAAUAUUCAGAGAAGGAAAUACAAGAGGGAUUGGGGUCGUGAAAAGGGUACUCUACGACGACGUCGACGUGAAGCCCAUGCAAGUGAAGAAGGAGGCGCUCGAGGAGGCGGCGCCGGUCGUGACGCCGCUCGGGACGUGA